AUGUCAUCCGCAGAGCCUCGCACCUUUGAAAUGGCCAAAGACACCAUCCUGUCCAUGCGCAAUGACGCCACGACAGAGGAAAGGAUGCAAUACUACGACCAAUGGGCCCAAACUUACGAGCAGGAUCUGUCACUUGUUGAGUACUGCGCGCACAGUCAGGCAGCAGCCAAGGUCUCCGCCCACUAUAGCGGUGAUCGUCAAGCGGCAAAGGUCUUGGACGUGGCCUGUGGUACGGGCAUGGUUGCCAAGAUGAUGAAGAAGGAGGGAUUCCAGCAAUUUGUAGGAGUCGAUGGCAGCGAAGGAAUGCUGCACCACGCCCGACAAAGUGGGCUGUACCAAGAACUCAAGAAGACCCUGAUCGGUGACAGGCCGCUGCCUGUCAAGUCAGAUGAAUAUGACGUAGUGGUCAUCACUGGCACAUUGAGCGCGAGUCACCUUCCGCCAAAGGUGAUCCGGGAGCUAUGCCGGGCUGCCAAACCAGGAGGCUUCGUAUGCAUGACCGCCAAGGGUGACCGUGAAAACCUGGAUUACAAAAUGGAUUUAGAGUGCGAGAUGAAGAAAAUGGUGGACGAAGGACAGUGGCGCCGCUACGAUGUCACUGACGUGACUUUGUGGCAGCGAGACUUGAUCGAUGACCAGGAAUAUAUGGCUGGAUGUGUGUAUCUGUUUCAAAAGCUCUGA